AAUAUAAUAAAUACAAAUAAAAAGUGCCUCCCUAUGUGUUGUAAAUAGAUCAACAGAUGCUCCUCUUGUUAAUACUCAGGCGUUCUCCUCUGGCGGUGGACAGAAUAGCAGCAGGGCAUUAAUUCGGAUAUGAGUGCUGUUGGCAAUUUGUAGUAGUACAGGGGAAAAAAUUAAGAUGGGGCGGUGUUUCAGAUUCAAUCGAGGUGAUUGACAGUUUACAUAAUGAGAAGCAAGGGCACAAGGCAACUAUAUAAACAGAGUAAAGAGAGAGACGUUCUCCAUUUAGUAAUUGUAAGACCAGCGGACAGGUUGCAAAUCCAAACCCUUUAAUACAGACGCAACUCCUUAAUCCUAAACAAAACAACCUUAGCCCAACUGGAGUAUACACACAUAUGCAAGGUGGAGUCGAUUAAGAAACGAAAGGUACCUUACUUUGGAUACUGAUUUUGAUAUAUCUUCAACCUGUACCACUGGGAUCACUGGAAUUUCUAUAGAAAUUGCGCGCUUUGGAUUUGGAGCACUUGGAGGAAAAGAGGAUCUGAUCGGCUGGUCAGACUACUGGGAAUAUUGAAAGAGUGUUUCGUUUUGUUUUGUUUUUUUGUCAUAAUAUCCCCGCCAGUACUUGGAUUAGGUGUGCUUUUAAGAAAGAGGAAAAGGGCUGCAUUCAAAGGAAAAUAGCUGCCUUGGAGAAGUGGAAAGAAUGGCAGCUUGCUUCAUUUUGAGCAUCGCACUCGUUUUAACAUUUUUUACGCAGGUGUCGGGAUCGGGGGUAUUCGAGUUGAAGGUUCACGAGUUUUUGAAUGCAAAUCGUUUGCUGGCUAAUGGGAAUUCGUGCAAACCCGACUGCAGGACUUUCUUUCGGGUUUGUCUGAAGCACUAUCAGUCGGUUGUAUUACCAGGUGACUGUAUCUUCGGCAGCGUUGUUACCCCGGUGCUGGGAAGCAAUUCAUUCCAGGUCAUCGAUGCAGACAGUUCAAGCAGCCCUAUAAGAAUGUCCUUCGACUUCAGAUGGCCGGGGUCGUUUUCUUUAAUCAUUGAAUCCUGGUAUGCUGCCUUUGAUGACCUACCUGUAGACACAACCAACCCUGACUUAUUGAUUAGCUUUUUUGCGAUCCAAAGAAAUUUGGCUGUAGGGGAGGAGUGGUCUCAGGAUGAGCAGACUGGCAAGCAGACGGAGCUAAGGUAUUCUUACCGGGUCAUCUGCAAUGAAAAUUACUACGGCGAAAGUUGUUCCAAAAAAUGCACGCCCAGGAACGACCUUUUUGGCCACUACAUCUGCGACACUGAUGGGCAAUUAUCCUGCCUCCCCGGCUGGAAGGGAGAAUACUGCCAAGAACCUAUCUGUCUUGAGGGAUGUAGCAAAAGCAAUGGAAACUGUUCCAGCCCUGGAGAAUGCGUGUGUCGGGCAGGCUGGCAGGGCCAGUUCUGUGACGAGUGUGUCCGUCAUCCAGGCUGUAAGCAUGGCACAUGUCAGUCAUCCUGGCAGUGUACCUGUGAUGAAGGCUGGGGAGGACUGUUCUGUGACCAGGAUCUUAACUACUGUACCCAUCACAGGCCAUGCUUGAAUGGUGCUACUUGUAUGAACACUGGCCAGGGCAGCUACACCUGCACCUGCAGACCGGGCUACACAGGUGUGAACUGUGAACUGGAGGUGAGCGAGUGUGACAGCAACCCUUGCAGGAACGGUGGGAGCUGCACGGAUCUUGAAAAUGGUUACAAAUGUACUUGCCCUCAAGGGUUUGAGGGAUCUCACUGUGAACACAGCUCCUUAACCUGUGCCGGUUCUCCUUGUUUUAACCACGGUAUCUGCUCUGAAAAAGACCACGGAAGAAGCUAUAUUUGCAAUUGCCCUCGUGGCUUCACUGGUUUAAACUGUGAGAAGAAAGAGGACAAGUGCACCAGCAACCCCUGUGCAAACGGUGGACAGUGUGUUGACCUUGGCCACAGCAGGAAUUGUCGUUGCCGCCCUGGGUUCACCGGCCAGCGGUGUGAGAUCAACAUCAACGAGUGUGCGAGUAAACCCUGCAGCAACGGAGGCACUUGCAUUGACCACAUCAAUGACUACACAUGCAGGUGUGCCCCUGGCUAUGGUGGCAGAAACUGUGAGAUCAAGACAAGAGACGAAUGUGCUUCCGACACAUGUAGCAAUGGGGGGACCUGUCUGAGUAGCGCCUAUGGCAGCAGCUUUUAUUGCAAUUGUCCAAUCGGCUUCACAGGUAACCGCUGUGAAUUGUACACUGUGUCUGUGCCCGACUCCAGAGAUCAGACCUUUCCCUGGGUGGCGAUUUCAUUGGCUGUGGGUCUGGUUGCCCUGCUAAUGUUGCUCUGCAUCAUUGUGGUCGUCCUGAGGCACAUACGGAGACAGAGGGACUUAGAGGAACAGGACUUGGAGACCAUGAACAACUUGUCGGAUUUCCAGAAAGACAACUUGAUCCCAGCAUCGCAGUUGAAAAACACCAACAAAAAAGUGGACCUGGAAGUGGACUGUGCAGUCGAAAAAUUGAACUAUAAACACAAAAACUAUCACUUGGACUACAAUUUAGUUAAAGACUUCAAAGACGAUGUGUCACAAGAGGAUAAAUGUCAUAAUUGUGACAAAUUGUGUCCGGAAGAAAAGAUACCGUUAAGAAUGCACAGUGAAAAGCCGGAGUGUAGGAUAUCAACGAUAUGCUCCCCAAGGGAUUCCAUGUACCAGUCUGUGUUUGUAAUAGCAGAGGAGAGGAACGAGUGUGUCAUAGCAACUGAGGUUUAAAUCUAGUAAAACAGUAAUACACCUCAAACGAAAAGGAGGAAAUAUCUUCUGCACUGUUUACAAAAAAGACACACUGAGACUGAGAAUUAUUUAAAUGCAAAUCGCUGCUCUUAAAAACUAUUGAGAACUGGAUAGAGCUAAUGACUGAUUGCUCCGGAAAUGCAAUAUUACUUUUAAUAAGUGUUAGAAUGUAUCUGCAACGUAGGGCUGAGGCAUAUCAUGGACAUUUUAUAUUGGGUCUGUAUUCCCUAAUGUACAAAAAAAAAAAAACCCUGUAGAUUUGUGUAAAAAUAUAAGCAGGAGAAAAGGGUCCCUCUGAACUGUCCCACCUUGUCAUAAAGAGACAUCCAAGGAAAACAAUGGAAGCUGGAAGCUUUGUGCUAUGCAAGAUCUAGGCAAAGGGUCGGUUUGGAAAGAAAGAAAAACCCUCGCGACAAGAUGUGGAAGUUUUAAAAUAUUUCAGGAGAAUGCCAGGGACUGGUGACGUCAUACUCGUGAAAUGUCAUGAUUUGAAACUCACUGAAGAUUGUACGCAGUCCAAAUCCCUAAGCCUUAAAAUUGUUUCAAAAGACUUCAUGAUUUAUUUUCCAUGUUUUCUUGGAUCCUUUGCACUACUGAUGUUUGUAAAUCAAAAGAUUAUAUAUAUAUAUAUAUAUAUAUAUAUAUAUAUAUAUAUAUAUAUAUAUAUAUAUAUAUAAUUUUUUUGUUGUUGUUGGAAAAGGUGGGACUUCUGUCUGUACAUCAAGCAGUGCCAGCACAGUUCCAGAUGAGUAAAUGCAAUUCCUUUCUUAAUAAUAUGCAACACUGCCCAUAUUAAAAGAACUGACUAUCAAACCAUGGACUGCCUAUAAUUAGUGUUGAAAUUAUGGAACCAAUAAUGUUAUUUAAGAUUGGUAUUUCACUAGCUAAUUUAAUACAAAUAUGAAGCUCUGAUCUUUCUAUGUUUUAUAAGAUUAUUUUGUAUAUAAUGUAUAUUUAUAAGAAAAACAAGGUCUGAAGUGUAAAUGUUAUUUCUUCAUUUCUUCACACUGUUUUUAAUUUGAUGUCAACAAAAAUUAGAUUUUUUUUUUUUCUUUUUUUUUUUUUU